CAGGGAUUAUCUUCAUGCCAGGGACAACCCAGAUGAAGGCCAAGGACAUUCUCUACCGACUAAAGGAGUCUAAUGCCCAGAGCAUCGUGACCACAGAUGCCCUUGCCCCGGAGGUGGACUCUGUGGCUUCUGAGUGUCCCGCUCUGAAAACCAAGCUCCUGGUGUCUGACCACAGCCGUGAGGGGUGGCUGGACUUCCGAUCUCUGAUUCAAUCAGCAUCCCCAGAUCACACCUGUAUUAAGUCAAAGACCACGGACCCAAUGGUCAUCUUCUUUACCAGUGGCACCACCGGCUUCCCCAAGAUGGCAAAACACAGCCAUGGACUUGCCUUGCGAUACGCCUUCCCUUCCUGCAGGAAAUUACUGCAGCUGAAGGCCUCUGAUGUCCUCUGGUGCCUGUCCGAUCCAGGCUGGAUUGUGGCUAUCAUGGGGACCCUGUUUGAACCAUGGACAGCAGGGUCUACAGUCUUCAUCCAUCAUCUGCCCCAGUUUGACCCUAAGGUCAUUGUGGAGGUAAGAGGACUAAUCUCUCAGUGUCAACAAACUCCUGGAGAAACUCAUGUUUCAGGUUCAAAAGCUGGCCCCUGCUGAGAAGAGUGUGCGUAA